GCUUGUGCUUUAUCGAGGUCAUGGUGCAUAAAGAUGAUACAAGCAAGGAGCUCCUGGAGUGGGGAUCAAGAGUCUCGGCAGCCAACAGUCGCCCUCCAAAUCCACAAUAAGCCUGUUGAGUUCGCCAACAAAAUCUGGUUACAUGUAAUCGCUGCUAGGGAAAAGAACGUCUGUGUCAGAAUUCGAAAAGGCGGGGGUUCACUCGAUGAGAGGGAACUGCUUAUGCCCCUUUUGUUCCUCAAGCAGUUCUUCCUUCGAGCUAUACUGCUAGAGGAGAGAGAUGUUAGUGCUGAUAAAACAUCUGAACAGCGUGCUCUGCUUGUGGAAUCUAGAAGAAACAGGUUGUAGAUCUGUGUAUCGGAAGAGCCGUGUGGCAGCAGUUUCUUCAGAGCUUAUCUGUCCUCUCACUUGCAGCCCAUUCCCUUCUGUUGGCAUCCCCUCCUGCACCUGCGACGAUGACCCAUGCCCAACACUCGAACCUGAAGGAGAAACUCAAGCACAAUCCCCUUGUCACUCACGGAGCGCACCAAACGAGCUGGACAAAAUGGAAGAGCAGAGAUUUGAUAGAGCGAGCUGCUCAGGUAUCUUCUGGAAUAGAAGAAGCUGCCAUAGAGAACACCAAUGCAAUUCAGAGAUAAAUGCUUGAUUUGGCUUUUGCUUGUGAAUAAUCCAGUUCAUAGAAUCGCAAUGAGAGAGAUGACUGGCUAUUGUUUUUUUAGUGGCUUGCCCCAUUAUACAUCUUCUGUGCUUCAGCUAUGUAUAUGUUAUUUGCUUUCUCUUGGUAUUUCAGUAGUCAGCUGCAGCCUCCAAAUCUUUCAGGUAAUUUGAAGGUUAGGAUUGAUGGUCUUGUAGUUUGUUGUAAAUUAUUGUAUCAGGUCCAUGCCUUUAUUUGUUGGCAAAUCAUUGGAUUUCUGAUUACAUUCAGUAAUCAAACCAGCAAUAGUUUCUUAUCACUUAAUGUAGCAAGUUUGAGUUGCCUA